AUGAACUUGACAAGGAAGCUCACAAGCCCGUUACUAGGCCAUAAGAGGAGGCGCUGUUUGCGAAAAAUUGUUCGCAUUACAGUGACGGAUCAUGAUGCAACUGAUUCGUCGAGUGAUGAGGAGGCGGAGCUUUAUAACCGGAGGAGGGUUAAGAAAUAUCUUAACGUCAUCCGAGUCGAAGCAGGUGUUGCUUCGCCUAGAAAAAGGGAGGUUUCAGACAAUGGCAAUGCAGGUAGACAAACAAAGCUGGCGAGUAGGCCUGUGAAUGAAUCCUCCGAGAAGAAGUAUCGUGGUGUUCGAUACAGGGCUUGGGGAACAUUUGGAGCGGAGAUCAGAGAUCCUAUGAAGAAGGAGAGGCGAUGGCUAGGUACUUUCGGGACUCCUGAAGAGGCUGCAAGGGUCUAUGAUAGUGUUGCUAUUAGUCUUCGUGGUACGAAAGCCACAACAAAUUUCGGAAAUCCCUCUUGGGGAGUAAAACAGCAGAUUGUUGUCCAGUCUGAUUCAAGUAAUGAGUUCGCGGAAGGCUCACAUCAGAACACUCUCACUUCUCCAACUUCCAUUUUACGAAAUGAAAAUCGGCCUGCUCCAGAAGAAGUGAAGGAUAAACGCAAGGGAAAGGAUAAGGUAUUUGAUCCGAUGAACAUCUGCAUGCCAAUGGACAAUCCUUUCCGGGAUGAUGAUGGUUUCGGAAGCAUGGAGCCUAUUAGUUUUGCCGAUGCACCGAUUUUUCACGGAAUUUUUCUUGAAAACGACGAACUAAGUGGUGCAGAUAUGGGGUUUUCCUAUGAUAUAAUGUAUGGCAUUGGUACUACAGGCUCGACAUCUCGAGUGACAGAUGAUUAUCAUUUUGAAGAUAGUGAUUUUUCACCGGCAACUGAUUGA